CGCGACCUCCAGGCCUCAUGCCCGUCCACAACAGCCGACCGCAUCAUGUCCACGCCUCCGAGCUCCUCUCCUCCUAGCUUUAAAUCCUGUCCGCUCAAGGCCACGGCCAAAGACCAGACCCCCGCUCCGCCUCGCCCGCCGCUCCCGCUGUCUCCCGCUCUCACCAGCUCGCCUGGCGAUGACGCCUUGUCGGAACCACAGCGCGUCAGCGUCCCGGGCCUCAUUCGCAUACUCAAGCACAUCAAAGGGAGGGGGUCGUGGAAGCACCCGUCGCCUGAGUGGGCCAGAUACCGCGUGUCAGUCGCCGAGUACUACGAGCUGCUUCGGCGGAUUGACGAGGACAACUCGGUCAAGGAUUGGUUUGAAGACAAGGUCCGUUACGACUACAGUAGCAUUGACGAGGAAUUUGUCCUCCGCAUGGGCAAUACUGCGCUCCAUGAGUGCCUCGGUUAUAAUGUCUUUCAGCGGAUAAAUGCCAAGCUCGACUUGCUAAAGGCCGAACACCCUGCUGAGCUUGGUACCAUACUCGCAGGAGUGCUCUUUGGCGCAAACAUUAGCAUCCCUCUUAAACCAAGCGUCGACUCUGAUUCCGACUCCAGCCUGGAUGAGCUCAAUCCCGAGGCCGAUCCAUUCACGUCUCGCCAGCCUCCAAAACAAGAGUCCUCACACCAUAAAUGCCCAGACAGCAGGACACCUGACGGGCUGUUUAAGUACGAGGCUGCACAAUACCCUUCCAUGGUAUUUGAGGUAAGCUACAGCCAAAAGCGCGAACAUCUGCCCCAGAUUGCAGACGACUACUUCUCCGGCACGCGCGGCAGCAUUCGUGCCGUAGUCAACCUGGACGUUGACUACACGCCACCUCAGAAGGGAAGGGUGGGAAAUCCACCGGCAAAGAAAGCCAGCGUCUCCGUCUGGCGUCUAAAGGAAUUUCCCGAGUAUAGGGAGACUACUCUGGAGCAGGAACAUGUAUAUCGCACGAAAUCCGGAUCCCUCCGUCCUGGCAUUCUUAGCCUACCUCUUACAGACUUUGUCCCCCAAAAGGUUCUCAAAACCUUUCCAGAAGCAACACGUAUCCUCGCCGCCAACACCACCGUUGACCUCUCUCACGCCGAGCUCUACGAGGACCUCAACAAAGCUCUGGAAUGGCACGAGCAAACCAUUCUCGACAAUGGAAUAAAGGAGGAUGAAGGAAAGCCGAUUCGGAAGCGAAAGCGAGACUCGGAGGAAAGGGAGGAGAGGAAGGCUGCGAGGAUAGACAACGCGGAUAAGACCUUCAAUGGUACUCCGUAGUCAGAGGGUGCGAGGUUUGUUGAUUCUUUCGCAUCAGCCGGGCCGGCCCAGGAAAUGAUGUUUUUGUAUGUAUUUAGAUACCCCGGAGCGAGAUUCACCGCCCAACGAAACAAUGACGAUGACACGGAGUGGAGGAACAAAACCAGUUGAGAUAAUUCAUAGCAUGUAUGCGUUUCAAGGCU